AUGCGCGAAGAGGGAGAGGCGAUCUCGGCUGCACGCCGGGCACUUCGCCGCAUAAAAGGCCUGGGCCCAGAGCCGCAGUUCAAGGAGGUCUCCGACGCCUUGCCGGAGGCGCUGCGGCGAAGAGCAAGCGAUCCGAAAUUGGGCACCUGGUUGCUCGCCCGCCUCGGAGGCAGUGGAUUUGCCAACGCUGCCGUCGAGCUUCUGCAUGUGUUGCAAGGCCUGCAGCUGGAAGGAAACGUCUACCACUACAGCAGCGUCCUGACUGCCUGUGAAAAAGGGAGCUUUUGGUCCCGCGCCUUGAACCUCGCGAACGACAUGGCAUCAGUCGCUGUGCGGCCGAACCAGUUGAGCUUUGGAGCCCUCAUCAGCGCUGCCGAGAAGUCGGGGCUCUGGUCCCGCGCUUUGCACUUGCUUAGAGAGAUGAGGUCCAGUUGGCUUCUGCCUGAUGCGAUCAGCUACAGUGCCGGCAUCAGCGCCUGUGAGAAAGGGUGUCACUGGCGAGAUGCUCUUACGAAUCUCGAGCUGAUGCCAGUUUUUGGUCAGAUGCCGAAUAUUCUGAGCUACAGUGGUGCUAUCAGCGCAUGUGAGAAGGCCAGUGGCAACCUAUGGUCUCUGGCACUGGGUCUUUCUGCACUCCUUCCAGAGCGUGAUGUGGUGAGUCAGAGCGCCGUCAUCAGCGCUGUGGAGAAAGCCGCCAAGUGGAGCCUGGCAUUGUCUCUGCUUGAGGAGAUGUCACUGGCAUCGGUGGUUGCAAACCUGGUUUCCUUCAACGCAGCCUCCAGCGCAUGCGAUCGACGCAGCUGUUGGCAGGCGGCCUUCUCCAUGUUUCACUCACUUUCCUCCAAGACGCAGAAAGCCGACCUCCUCAGCUACAACGUCGUGAUCAGUGCUGGCAGUGUUGGCCGACCGAGGGAUGCCCUCCAGCUGUUCAUGGCGAUGGCAAGUCGAAAGCUUCUACCCGAUGUGACCACCUUCGCUGCCGCGGAACGCGCGUGUGGAGCUUCGGACGAGAAGGCGAUCCCGGAGGUGUUGCAGACCAUGGAAAGAUGGCAGAUCC